AUGCUGCGCAGAUCGGUACGAUGUCUGGCGCUGCGCACGAGCAGACGCGAAGACCUCGUCUUCAGAAGCAUGCACGGCUUCACCCUGCUCAAGAUGCGGCGCAUCGAUGACCUACACCUCGUGGCGUACGAAAUGGAGCACGUCCGCACCGGCGCUCUCUACUACCACAUCGACGUGGAGGACAACAAUAACACCUUCUGCAUCGGCUUCCGAACACCGGCGGAGAACAACAAGGGCACCUCCCACGUGCUGGAGCACACAACGCUAUGCGGCAGCAAGAAGUAUCCGGUGCGGGAUCCGUUCUUCAUGAUGCUCAAGCGCUCCCUUAGCUCUUUCAUGAACGCCAUGACCGGGUCCGACUACACGCUGUACCCCUUCUCGACCACCAAUCGCAAGGACUUCCAAAAUCUUCUCGACGUCUACCUCGACGCCGUCCUCCACCCAUUGCUGCGAGAGGAGGACUUCAAGCAGGAGGGUCACCGAGUGGAACUCGAGGACAAGUCGACGGGCAGCGAAGACGCUGCUGCGCAGCCGUCAAAGCGCACUCGCCGGCUUAUCAACAACGGCGUCGUUUUCAACGAGAUGCGCGGUGUCGUGUCGGAUCCCAGCAACCACUUUGUGCACUCGCUGAUGCGCGCCAUGCUGCCGCACACACACUACACCUACAUAUCCGGCGGCUACCCGCCCGAUAUUCUGGGCCUCAGCUACGACGAGCUCCUGUCCUUCCAGAGGCGGCACUACCACCCAAGCAACAGCAUCACCUUCACAUACGGCAACCUGCAUCCUGAGUCGCACAUGGCAGCGUUAAACUCGUACUUUGCGGACUUCGAGCACGCGGCACCAGUCGUAGUGCCGACGCUGGCAGACCAGCACCGUUUCACGGAGCCCCAGCUCGUGCACCUGGAGGGUCCGCUGGACGCCAUGGGCAACCCGCAGCGGCAGAAGCGCGUAGCCGUCUCCUACGCAGUACCGAAGGAAAAUAAUAAGUUGGAGGAUGUCGUGGCACUCAGCGUGCUGGACAGCCUUCUCUCUAGCGGUCCCAGCUCCCCCAUGUUCAAGAACCUGAUCGAGUCACAGAUUGGCAGCAAGUACGCUCCGAUGCAGGGGUACGCCUUCUAUCUGUCCUCCCCGAUCAUCACCUAUGGCGUAGCCGGCAUGGAUGAGGAGCGGGCAGACGCAGAGGCUGAAGUGCUGCAGGCUGUGGAGUCUGCGCUCCGCACGGUGCAGAGGGACGGCUUCGACGAGCGACGCGUGCGCUCCGUUAUCUUCCAGGAGGAGCUGCAGCACCGUCACCGAUCUGCCGACUACGGUCUCAACACGUGUACAGGCCUGUGUGCAAUGGGUCUGUGCCGGGCGCAGAACAACCCGCUGGACUUUAUCAACUGGCUGCCACACCUCCGGCGGCUGGCGGACGACAAUGCGGCCUCGCUGCUGCCGCGCAUCGAGACGCACCUGCUGAGCAACCCCCACCGCGCCGUCGUAUCCGUGUCAGCCAAGAAGGAGUAUCUGAACAAGCUGCAGGACCAACUGAAGGAAGCGGAUGAGGCGGUGAACGCGUCGGCGACGGAGGCUGACAAAGACCUCGUGGAGAAGGAGACGAAGGAGGGGCUCCAACGCCUCCGCGCGCCGCAGCCGAACGACGUGCUGCCCACUCUGCGCAUCGAGGACAUCCCCACCGAGUCGUUUUCGGAGCCCUUGCCGUGUCGCAGCUCUCUCUCGAGCACCAACGGUCAGGUGUACACAAUCACGCACCCGACGAACGGCCUCGUGUACGUGCAUGGACUCAUCCCCUUCAAUGCCUCUCUUACCAGUGCGAUGGAGCACGGAGAGCUGGCGCAGGUGCCACAGAGCGUGAUGCUGCUGGAGUCGCUGAUCGGCCGCACCGGUGCCGGAAAGCUCUCUUACAAGGAUCACUCCAUUGCAGUGAAGCUGGCGUGCAGCGGGUUCGGCUUUGAGCCGCUGCUUAACGAGUCGUACAUGCACAAGAGCACCACCAUUACCGGCACUAGCUACAGCUUCUACACCACCAAGGAAAAGCUGAAGGAGGCGCUGGACUUGUUGAGCGUGACACUGCUGGAGCCGCGCUUCAGCGCCGACGACGCCGAUGUCUACUCCUGUGCGCUGUCGAAUCUCAAGAUGGCAUGCUCGUCGUUAAUCCAGUCUCUGCAGGCAGAGGGCAACCGCUACGCCGUCAUCCGCGCCGUGGGGGAGCUCACCCGGCGCGGUGAGCUCCGCGAACACUGGUGGGGGCUGUCCCAGUCCACGCACGCGUCGGAGAUGCUCGAGAAGCUUCAGGGGUGCCCGGAAGUGAGCCGGGAGGCCGUGAGCGCGCUGCUGGCCGACUACGCCGUCUUCGCGCGGGAGAUGGCGACUGACAUGUCGCGCAGUCUCGUUUGGGCGACGUGUGAGGAUGCGCACCGCGAGGAGGUUGAGCGGAUGCUGAAGGAGUUCCUUGAUGCGUUCCCGCGGACGGACUCUGCUGCGCGCACGCACCUGUUCCUGCCGCCACGCUCCACGGAGAAGGGGGUUCAGCAGAUCAUCAAGAAGCUGCCUAUCGACACGUCCUUUGUGGGCCUGGCCAUACCGAACAAGUUGAAGUGGGAGAAUCCCGACCAGGCACGGGUGCGGGUGGGCUGCACCCUGCUCUCCAACGAGUACUUGCACCGCCGCGUGCGAGAGGAAGGCGGCGCAUACGGCUCCAGCUGCGCCGCCUCGCUCCACGGUGAGGUGGGCGGCGUGUCGAUGUCAAGCUACCGCGACCCCAGCCCGGAGCUCACCGCCAAAGCCUUCCUCGAGGCUGGCGAUUGGCUCAGUGACCGGAAGAACGUCACAGCCGAGCGCGUAAGCGAGGCGAAGCUGCGCCUCUUCUCCUCCAUCGACUCUCCGUAUGCGGCGGACUCGUACGGUGAGGCGUACUUCUAUAAUGAUCUGCGGCAGGACACGAAGCAGGCCUUGCGCGAUGCCCUGCUUUCCGUGACGCCAGAGGACGUUGUGAACGUGGCCCACUACUUCACGCCUCAAUUCACCACCAUUAUCAGCAUUCUCCAACCCGCAGGCGAGUCGAGCGAUCCAGCCGCGGUGCCACCCGAGGUCUCGUAG